UAUUGGAUUGCUCUCUGUGUUCCCGUGUGAACGAGCGUCUCACACCAUCGCCGUGAGCCAUGGAUGAACUUGAGGAGAAGCUCACGGCCUACACGCAGCAGCUCGAGCAGGUGGCCGAGCUCGAAGCUUCUGACCCCUCAAACGCCGGCUUCACCAAGCUCAGGACCGAUCUGGAGGAAGUCAUCAGGCUCACCAAAGGGCUCCUCGAAGAAGCGAAGGGCACAUCGGCGCUACCCGCCCCUGAGCCCGCAGCAGCACCAGCAUCAUCCGCUACCCCAAAACUUGAAGCCGUCCCAAUCGGGAAGUGGGAGCCUGUUGCCGCCCCUGCCCCCGCCCCAGCAGACGCACCACGAGAAGGCGGCAAAAAAGGAAGGGGAGGGACGACGGCGCUGGCGGCGAAACAAGGGAGUUCAACGACAGGCGUGUUCGGGGUUGGAGCAAGAGUAGAGGUGCUCUCGGCUGAUAAGUGGUACCCUGCGGUGAUUGACAGCGUUUCGGAAGACGGACAGGACUUCGGGGUGACCUACAUGGGCUAUGGCACGGAGGGGACGGCAACCAUCACAACACUCCGGCAGAUCACACGAUCCCCGAGGCCAGUGGCGGCAGCGGCGGCUGUCAAAGGACUCGAGUGCAGGGCGCUGUACGUGGGGGACGGAACGUACUACGACUGCACGAUCCAAGAGGUUACGGCGAACGGGUACAAAAUCGUCUUCCCCGCGUACGGAAACGUGGAGGAGGUUCCGCUAGAGUACCUGCAGAAGAAGGUCACGAUGUCCCUAGCCAAGAGACGACGACGAAGCCGACAACAAGUGUCGCGUGCCGUAACAGGCGAAGCAGGCAGAGGCGCAGGCAGAAGCAGACGCGUCUUUCGCCAUCCCGGAGAGCCUUCGGUUACGAGAGGGCGACUCCGAGGCGGAGCGGGAUCGAAAACGCAAGAAGGUCAAGGCGCUGAAGUCCCCGGUCGUUUCAAGAUCAAGCAGAAGGACGCCGUAGUGAACAAUAAGCAGGCGUCGUGGCAAGCGUUUCAGACGAAGGGGGCCAAGAAGAAGACGAAGGGGAGCAUGGCCGCGGUGUCGCUGAAAAAGGAGUCAAUUUUCGCCUCACCGGCGGGUCUCGAGGGGAAGGUAGGGGUAACAGGGAGCGGGCAGGGGAUUACGGAGCAGGCCACCCGCAAGAAACACAAGACGGUAAAAUAGUAGGCACCACGCACUGCAGCAAUUUUGUACGAGUAGCACGACUUGCAUGGGUGCCAAGCCUUCGCACAUUUUGUGGGAACGCCGCCGGAUGUGCUUGCUAUAGAGAUGGCAACGACAUGUAGUCCUUCGGAAAAGACAUGGAGUACUGCCGUGCUGUACGAAAGCACCGCUCUCCGUGAAGAGUGCGUGAUGAUGUUUUGUCAGGCUUGGACAAUCUUGGGUUCGAAUAGCUGCGUAAAAACACAAAAUGUGAAAAUGGGAGGGUCAAGUGUUUGCCGAUCGCGAGGUAGGGGAGUUUGAAAGGGAGGGUCAGAGGCAUUAGAUUUUCCGUUUUCAGCUUGCUGACGCUUUGUUUUUUGUCGAAAGUGGAUAGCGCCGACAUGAUCUCAUCGUGUUGAGUGUAUCGAAGCGAAGGCAGCAAAGUUGCACGACCAAUAGGAGAGAGAUGAAUUUCGGACCUCCUCUGUAUGCGUAGAACCCAGAGACGCUACAAUACACGCGGCCUGGCUGGCAGCUGCACGCUGCGUGGGGGGGAGGCCCGCUGACUCAUGCGUUCGAGGUUCCUUGCCGUUCGAUUUGAACCAACCGACGAGGGGAGGUGGGCGACAAAGAUAGAGGGAGGUAUGCUUCUAAAGCGCUCUUGAUGCUGGACACCACAUGGAGCCCUGCUUGCUGCUGCAUACACCUUGCUCAUAUUCAGCCUUCGCGGUGGUGUGGAUGGAUGUGCAUAUGGGAUUUGUUGGUGCCCCCGCAAACUUUCACCCACAUUCGGUAUAUUUGUGGGUCCUGGCUGAUGCGCAGUUUACUUGUACACGGUAACAACUGUUAGUGCAUGGUGGGUAAUGCAGUCCGUCCGUCUGCCCGCUCGUCCACAGCAGUGGAUGCCAGGCAAGA